AUGCUCUGGGGAAGGGCCGGGGUGCAUCCGCCACUACCUGAGCAAAGACGCAGCACAUUCGCCUUACCAGAAAACGAGAGAGAUGGCGCGUGGGUCGCUUAUCAAAAGACUGGAAUCGCCUCAGAGCUCUCAAGAACAGGUGGGCCAUGUGAAGGUUACACGUGCGAAUUUGGAGGUGUGUGCGUCGAGAGAUACGGCCAGGCGGAGUGCACGUGUCCGGAGUGCAGCGGCAUCUACGAGCCUGUGUGCGGGGACGAUAAGAGAACGUACCACAGCUUGUGUCUCCUCGCUCGGCAUGUGUGUCUCACGCAUACACAGGUUGAGGUCUUACAUGAAGGGUCUUGUGACGCGUGCAAGAGACUCGAAUGCGGCGAAUAUGGCGUGUGCGAGGUCGACCAGGAAGGGCGAGGAAGAUGCUCCUGCCCCACCAACUGCUCUCAGGCCCUUGGCGGGGAAGUCUGUGGCAAUGACGGGAAGACUUACUCGUCGGAGUGCCACUUGAGAAUGACUGCUUGUUCCACUCAAGUACAGCUUCGAGCGCGACAUAAGGGCAACUGUGAUUUGUGUUUAGAUGUGCACUGUAAAUACGGUGCCAGGUGCGAGGGGGGGCGUUGUAUCUGCCCCACAGAUUGUCCGGAUAAGCGAGAGCCUGUGUGUGGAUCAGACCGAAUCACGUAUAACAAUGAGUGUGUUAUGAGGAAGGUGGCGUGUGAGAAAAACGAAGACAUUAGUUAUCUUUUCUUUGGCGAAUGUGACGAGAUCGGCGGCAUCGUAACGGACGUGAUCUACCCCACGCCCCUGCCGCCCACGAGCCCAGAAGACCCGUGUCACGCCUACAAGUGCAUCGCGGGCGCCCAGUGCAAGGCGGACGCAUCCGACGGCCGCCCACGCUGCAUUUGCGACUUCUACUGCUCGCCGCCACCCAGAUAUGAGCCCGUGUGUGGCAGUGACAUGGAGUUCUAUGAGUCGGAAUGCCUCAUGAGAUUGCACGCUUGCAACAUCCAGGUUGAGCUCUUCGUCCUCCCCGUCGAGAAGUGUGCAGGUGAAGUCGCUGUGUUGCGCCUCUGCUCCGCCCAGAAGACGCGGGCGUGCAACGGAACCUCGCCCCUGAUCAACCCGUCCACCGGCGAGGACCUGUACUGCGGUGAGGGUGGCACCAUCUGCCCGCCUGGCACCUACUGCCACCGAGAUCAGGAGCUGGCCAAGUGCUGCCGCGACUUUUCCGUCAGAAUAGCGGUCAUCGAGGCUCCGGUGCCCGACGACUGCGACCAGAGCCAGUGGGGAUGCUGCGAGGACGGGAUCAACUUCGCCAAGGGGCCCGACCGAGAGGGAUGCCCCGAGGCCUGUCGGUGCCACAGACUGGGAGCGGUGCGGGAAUCCUGCGACGCGAUAACGGGCAUGUGCGAGUGUCGGCCGGGCGUGGGAGGAAACAACUGCGAUCGCUGCUUACCUGGUUAUUACGGCCUACAGAGGGUGUCGAACGGUGCUAUUGGCUGUACGCCUUGCGGCUGCUCGCUGUUUGGCUCCCUACGCACCGAUUGCAAGCAAAUGACGGGGGAAUGUGUGUGCAAACCGGGCGUGUCUGGCCAUCGAUGCACGCAAUGUCCACGAGGCAAAGUCCUUAGGCCAGAGGGAUGUGUGUACGUGCCAGAAGCCACAACCUGCGAACUCCUACAGUGCCACUUCGGAGGACAGUGCCGUGAAGAGGGUGGCAUUGCUACAUGCCAAUGCACUCACCACUGCUUACCUGGUAACAUGGGGAUCGGCCUCGUGGUGUGUGGAUCCGACCGAGUGACCUACGCGUCCGAAUGCGAAUUAAAGUACCAAGCGUGUGUACAGCAAGCUGAUAUUGUCGUCAUCGCUUUCGGACCGUGUGAUGGCGGUGUGAUAUGUGAUAAGACUCCCAACGAAUAUCAAAACCAAAUCUUUCCUCCGCCCGCCCCGCCCCCUCGCUUCCUACCGCCAGAGUCCUGGACCGACGCGCCCGUCCGACGCUCCACGGCCGAGGAUGGCUGGGGGACGGAGGAGUGGGCGUGGCCAGGGCGCGGGCGGACCGAGCACCACGGCCUCGCCACCCGAAGACACAUAGAUGCCUCAGCCUUCACCCGCGCCCACCUCGCCAACAGCGCCCAUUCAGAUAACAUGAUCAUAGAGUCGCCACCGCCAGGAGUCACGCCCAUCACCGCCCUUGAUUCCGAAGAGCAGAGUCUGGCCCAGCCCCUGCCGCAGGCGCCGAAGCAGCCGUACAAAGUGCCGGCGUUCUCGGGCACUUCUUACAUACAGCUGAUGACCUGGUCUGUCCCGACCAAAGUGCAGAUCGAGGUGGAUUUUGUGGCGCACGAGCUGGACGGAGUUAUCGUCUACACUCAGCAGGAUCUGGGCGGCCUCGGGGAUUACCUGGCGCUCGUGCUGAUCAACGGGUACGUGGAGGUGCGCCUGGACCUCGGCAACGGCCCCAUCCAGCUGCGCUCGCACGUGCCCGUCAAGCCCUACACCAGGACGACCGCCAGCGUCAGGACCUACAGCAGAGACGCCCUUCUACAAGUGGGCGUGGGAGAAGCGGUGUCAGGGAGGUCGGCUGGCGUCCAUCGAGCCCUGGACAUCAACGCCCCGCUAUACGUGGGCGGCAUCCCGAGCAUCGUCUCCCAGAUCGCCGAUAACCUGGGCGUGGGCAAGGGACUCACGGGGUGUAUCUACGGCCUCAAGAUAGGGCGGAAGGCACUGGACUUGGUGUGGGGGCGUUCCCCGAGUGUCGGCCACGCCUACAAUGUGACCGAGUGCCACCCAUCUCCUUGUGCCGCUCUUCCCUGUCUCAACGGUGGCACCUGUCAUCCCCGUUCUCACCUGGCCGGGUUCAGGUGCCAGUGCCCGCCCACGUACACAGGUGCUCGUUGCCAGGUGGAAGUAGGGGAGGAGUGCCGUCGUCUGCAAUGCCCACCUGGCACCAGCUGUCAACAUGCACCAGCCACUGCCACCCUCCACUGUGCUCCAGACUCCGGCGCCGAAGGGGACACUUGGCCCGUGGCUGAGUUCACCGGCGAGGGCUACCUGGCCCUGCCGAGGCCCGAGUCCGCCCUCGACGCCUUCACGCUCGAGGUGUGGUUCCUGUCGCGUGCUCUGCAUGGCAUGCUCCUCUACGGGGGUCAGGGCCCUACCGUCCGCGGCCAUUUUGUCAGCCUCAACCUGGCCAGCGGCUUCUUGCACUUCCGCUUUGAUGUGGGCUCCGGCGUUGUCAACCUGACUUCGAACACUGUGAUAGAGGUGGGCGUGUGGCAUCGUGUGGUGGCUACAUGGGCGGGUGGGCGGGCCUCGUUGCAGUUAGACCAAGGCACGCCCAUUACCUGCCCCGCCCCUACGCCCUUAACCCAUAACCUGGCUAUUAAUAUGCCUAUCUACCUCGGAGGAGUUAAGUAA